AUGAGUUAGAAUUUUAAAUUCGUAGAGCAAUCUCAAACCUUACCAAUGAUAGUUAGAAAGCCUAUGACUGUUAUGAAUUUCAACUUAUAUAAGAAAUAUCAGCAUUCUUAAAAUUAUUAUUACAUUAGAGAAAUAAAUGAAAUAUUAAGUGAUGCAUCAACAAAACAUGUUAUACAUUUUAAAGAUUGGCUGACUAUAGAUGAAGAAGUACCUUAAUUAAUACAUAAUGAUAGGAUGAAUAUCUUAAGCGAUUUUAUAAAUUAGAGGAAUAUCCAUAAAAAAUUGUAUUACUUACAGAAUAUUAUAAAGUAUCAUAUUUAAUUGAAUUAGUUCCAUGCAGAUAUUGCUAGAAUAUUUUAAGAGCCUGUGUGUACAGUUUUAAAUAAAUAUUAUGAUAAGAAACGAAAGUACGAUUAUUUUCGAAUAGCUAAAAUCAUUGAAGAAGAAAAUAAAUUAAAUCCUUAAAAACCACCUAAAGGUAUAGUAGGUGAUAGACCAUCUCCUGCUAAUUCAUAAGAAUCUCUACCUCAAGAAUAAGAAGAGCCUGAAAAUGAAGUUGUGCAACAGACUUAAAUUCUGAAAGAAAUAAGUUGGUUAAAAGUAAAAAAUUGUUAACUAUAAAACUGCUUAGAAUGAAAAACCUUUUCGCAAAGAUACAUCAUAAACUAUUAAUGAGUUAUUUAAGCAUCUAGAACACUUUGAUGACAUGUCUUCAUUUUCUAUUGCUCCAAUACCUAAAAAAGAAAAGAUUACUUUAGAUAAUUUCUUAUUAUAUAUUGGAACCAAAUUUAAUAAAAAAUAAACAACAUCUCCAAAUCCCAAAUAAUCUCAAGAACAUAGAAUUAUAGAAUUAAUCUAAAAAUAAAAGGCUAAAAUACAUCAAAAAGGAUAACCUAGUUAUAGUCUACAUAAAAAGAAUGAUAUAAAAUACAGUAUUGGUUCUAUUGAAAAGAAGAUCACUUUUGCUAAAGAUUAAUUAAAUAAUUUAUCAAAGAAAUCUAACAGACAAGCAUCUACAGAUAUAAUUGAAAGUUUAACUAAAUUAGAUACUAAACCCUAAGAAUUAAUUAAAAACAAAUCUAAAACUAUUGUGCCUAAGAAUCAAAUCAAAAUCAAUAAAAUUAUACGUGAUGUAAAUCAAAAUAAUACACCUACUCUUUCCUUACAUAAAGUAUCUAUUAGUUCUACACAUCUGAAAACAUAAUAACCAUAAAUUAACAAUAAUAAUAAUGUCAAAUUGAAUUCUCUGGCUAAAUUACUUAUUGAAGAUACUUAUAAUGAUCCUUAAUAUAAUAAAUUUAAACAUGGUUCCAUUACUCAUCGACCUUUAUCUGGUACUAAUAUAUUAUUUACUUCUUAUUCUAAUAGAAAUAGUCCAUCCAUUAAUUAUAAAAAAUAAAAUCUUCAAAAUUCUAAACCAGAUAUCAAUCAAAUUAAGAAAGGAAAAUAAAUUAAUUCUACUUAAUAACCCUAAUAAUAAUUUGGUUUAUUAGCUAAAAAUUUAUUUAAAAAAGUUUUAAAUUCAAAAAAACCAAAACCUAUUAAUCAUAUAAAAUAGAGUUCUCAUCAAGAUAAAGUACUAAAUUAAUUUGAUAAAUUAAAAAUUAAUUGUAAUUCUCAAUAAUAAUUCAAUGAUAUUAAUGAAAAAAAACAACACAAAAAAAACAAAUCAGAUGGAAAAGCACUUUAUAAUAAGUUAUCUAUACCAGAAUUAGGAUGUUUGACUGAAAGACACGAAAAAGAAUCUCCUUUGCUAAACUUUCAUAGCAAUAACAAUCAUAGUUCACCUCAAACACAACAUUUUAGAAGACUUCAUAGUGAAAAAUAGGAAUCAAUAUCAAAAAAUAUGAAAGGUUUAAUGAUACAAUAAAUGUUGAAGUAAUUAGCCAAACAAAAUUAAUAGAAUUAAUAAAAAUAAGAAUUAUGUUCUAUUAUUAAAAAUUCUUAGAAAAAAUUUUGA